UUUAGCGGACCAACCAGUUCCAACAAUAGAAUAUGAAGGUUUCUGACCUUAAUGUCUAUGGUUCUGACCAGGCUCCUCUAAUCAAAAGGUAAAGAUAUGUGUAACGUUUCAUUUUUUUAAAGCAAAAAAUAGACCGUGUGUAAAUGAAUGUCAACGUUUCGUCCCAUUUGCCACCGUCUAUUUCGAGUUUGUAGAGGCUGAAAAUCGUGUUGCCUUCGUACCAUCCACACCAAGCUAGCUUGCGCUAGAUAUUGUUAUGGGAAAGGCUGUUCAUUGUAAUGACAGAUGGACGUGAAGACGGUUCUGCAAUUUGCCGCCACCACAAGAGGCUUGUCACUACUAAUACAGGCUCUCCUAAAUGCUGCAAUCCCAGAUCACGAAGCUGAUGCAUUCACUCCUCCACGUGCAGAGGAGCCUCGGCUUCUGGACCCUGCAGUGCAAUGGUUUCUAGGGGGCCUUUCCCACUGGGAUGCAGAGCAUUUCCUCUUCAUUGCUGAGAGGGGUUACCUGUAUGAGCACAACUACGCCUUCUUCCCCCUGUUCCCUGUCAUACUGCGGGGGCUUGCAGAGACUAUACUACGGCCCCUCAGUGGCUGUCUUACACUACGUGGACGCCUGCUACUGGCUGUUGCCUUGGGUAACAGCGCCCUCUUCCUGCUGAGUGUGGUAGCACUGUAUGGACUCGGCCGUGUGGUGCUGCAGGAUCGCCGUCUUGCUCUAGUCUCAAGUUUACUCUACUGUCUCACCCCUGCCAAUGUCUUCAUGACUGCUGGUUACUCAGAGAGCCUGUUUGCUGCAUUGACCUUCGGUGGCCUCUUUCUCCUUGAGAGAGGAUACACCUUCAGAGCCUGUCUGGCUCUGAGUAUAGCUACUGCUGCGAGAGCCAAUGGACUUGUUAAUGUAGGAUUCUUGCUGUAUCUGCCCCUGCAACAGGCCCUGUCCAAGAUCUGGGGACUGCGUAAGGACAAUAACAGGCACAACAAAUGCCUCCACUACACCUGGAUCAUCGCACGUCUCCUGUUCACGGCUGCAUUGGGCACAGCAGUUAUUGCGCUCCCCUUCUUGGUCUUCCAGUACUAUGGGUACAGGGUGUUCUGUACACCCUCCCUCUCCUUGGAGCAGGUUUCCCCUGCCCUCAUCCAGCUUGCUGAGGAUAAAGGCUACAGGGUCCCUGACGAAAACGCACCCCCACCACUCUGGUGCCUGCGACCCCUCCCCUUGCUCUACUCUCAUAUCCAGGAUGUGUAUUGGGAUGUGGGCUUCUUGCGCUACUUCCAGCUUAAGCAGAUACCCAACUUCCUGCUGGCACUGCCCAUGGCAACUCUGGGCAUGGCGGCAGCCUACAUGUACUAUAGGGCUAACCCAACCAGGUGUCUGAGACUGGGGCUGUGGGACGGAGGGGCAAAUAAACGGCCAGACAAACCCACACCUGGAUUUUACAGCCCCAGGGUGUUUUUGUAUGUGGUGCAUGCUACAAUGCUCCUGGGAUUUGGAACAUUCUGCAUGCAUGUGCAGGUUUUGACCCGGUUUCUGUCUUCCUCCUCCCCUGUACCUUUCUGGAUCAGUGCCCACCUGCUCUUACUCUACGAGCCUCUCCUUCAGCGAAGGUCACCACCCACAUACAAUAAGGGGCAGCAGCGGGGGACACCUAGGACUGUCUUCUUGUACUUACCCCAAAACCCCAUUGUUCAUCUACUGUCCCGCUGGAAGACAUGCUCUAUUCCCACACGAUGGAUUCUAGGGUACUUCAUCUCCUAUUGGCUUAUGGGCCUGGCACUGCACUGUAACUUCUUACCAUGGACUUGACCUGACACUUUCUACUGAAGAUCUGAUGUGCGCACAAAAUACUAUUUGAGGGCAAUAAUAAUAGCUCUGAAGCUUGUCAUUUUCUGCCUGCUUCAUAAAUAGACAGUUCUGUUUUGAGAUCGCAACUGGCUACUCCCCUCUGUUAGUGUUCGGCAAUAAAGUUCAAGCGUUUUAUUUGCACUCAUCUAAUUUUCAGAAAAUUGCAUAUUUUAAUAUUUCUUUAACAAGAAAAACAUUGGAUUGAUUCGUAAUCCAGCAUUGAUGCACUGAUUGUUCCAUUAUAUCAAAUUGUCUCUGAAAAUGUACAGGGUGCAGUUUGUGCAUGUGUUUGUUUACUAAAGAGAUACUGUAAUAAAGCAUUGCUGUGUUUUUUUUAAAUUAACAAUUAAAAUAGUAUGCGUCACAAAUAAUUAGCGUUUGUUGAUUAGAUUCUGCUUGCAGCAUUUCAACCAUUGAUUUCAGCACCACCGACAGCAAGCCUUUCAAGUUGAAUGAAACACCUAGAAAGUUAAGAUCUUAAGUAAAUUAAGCUAGCUAGCUAGCGAGCUUGCUGUAUUUUAUACAGACCGUGCAUGCUACUGUAGCUGACCUGAUAAAACUUGCAUCAUUACUCUAGAACAUUACUAGCAAAUGACAUUGAAACAUGAAAGGUGAGCAGUGCACAUAAUUAUGGAGAGUCUAAAAACAGACGGUCUAAACUCAAAGGCGAGUGUGAACGUAUUGUUUUGAAUUAUGACCCAACCGAAGCCGCGCAGGCGGGUUGUCCACUUUGACGCCUAGCUCAAUUAGAACGUAUUUGCUUUGGCGCUGUAGUCACAAAACAAAUGUCAUUCACUUUUUUCAAGCUCAUUUGAAUUGGAAGUGGUAGCUGUCUGAUGAGUAUGCAGGCCAUGGAAGAACUGGGACAUGGGGCCGUGCAUUAUCUUGCUGAAACAUGAGGUGAUGCCUCAGGACCUCGUCACGGUAUCUCUGUGCCGUCAAUAAAAUGCAGUUGUAUUCAUUGUCCGUAGCUUAAGCCUUCCCAUACCAUAACCCCACUGCCACCAUGGGGCACUCCGUUCACAACGUUGACAUCAGCAAACUGCUUGCCCACACGAUGCCAUACUGGGAUUCAUCCAUGAAGAGCGCACUUCUCCAGCGUGCCAGUGGCCUUCCCACUGGUCAGUUAUGACGCCAAACUGGAGCCAGGUCAAGACCCUGCUUGAGGACGGCGAAGAUGCAGACGAGCUUCCCUGAGAUGGUUUCUGACAGUUUGUGCAGAAAUUGUUCGGUUGUGCAAACCCACACUUUCAUCAGCUGUCUGGGUGAUCCCGCAGGUGAAGAAGCAGGAUGUGGACGUCCUGGGGUGGCAUCGUUACACGUAGUCUGCGGUUGUGAGUCCGGUUAAGCGCCCUGCCAAAUUCUCUAAAACGACAUUAUGGUAGAGAAAUAGGCUCUAUGCAUUAUACCGCCUCCAACGUUCUAAUUUACUUCCGAUCGGGUUUAUGACUUCCGGAGCGAGUUCUGCUAUUGAUUUUAUCAUUAGCUUACUAGCUAUCGUCAAUGCAUUUCUGACAGAAAUAGUUCGCAAUGACUACAUUUAAAUUACAGCCCCGCGAAGGAGGUGUUAAUGAACAUUGUUCAGUGCCUCUGUGUUCAGUUUCUUCCAAAUGUGAUGGUAUUGUGAGCUUCCAUCGUUUCCCGGUCGAUGUAGAGCUCAGAAAAAGGUGGUUGGUGGCAGUACGUCGUGACAACUUUGCUGUCAAUGUGUACUACACACCAUUGUGUGUUUGGUACACACAAUGGUGUGUAGUACACAUUUCGUUCGAAAGUGACUUUGUUGUGGGAAAAAUGGGGGGGACGACACCUAAAAAGAGGUGUUGUUCCUACUGUCUUAGCGUGGAACUGGCACAUUCAAAAGAGACCUGGUGUUUGGGGAAGAUAAGGUCUGAAAACCUCCUGCUCCGACUGAGGGGGAUGAAGAACAAGGUGCGCUGCCUGUGGACUGUGCCGUCUCCGAUCCGGUCCAGAGCAUGGGCCAAGCCAGUGUAAAUGUACAGGUGUUUAUUUGCUAGUAGCAAAAUUAUAAUUUGUUUAUCUACGACAUGUAUCAAUAAUUUGUGUUGUAGUGAAUAUCAGUUUGUGUGGAGCUUGUAAUUGGCUUUAAUUAGACAAUGAGUGACAGGGGUGGGGGGAAAGAAAUCAAGUAUAGCCAGAAUGCAAGAUUGAAUACAAUGUUAGAGAUGUGUAAUUGAUUAACUGAACUGUUGAACAUUUGCUGAUUUAAAAAUGUUUUUUUUUUAACAAAUCUAUUCUACUGUAGAUUUCUUCACAAGAACAUCACUACUUAUUUUUCAUAAAACCACUAAACUUGGCACGGGGGGGGGCAUGCAGGGGAUCCAUUCAGGUGCGAGAGACACUUCUGCAAGUAGUGGUAAAAAUACAAGUGGUCAACCUCCUCUCAUAGUUUUUGAAACCUGUAGAUCUUUAUAUAUCCUUUCAACUAGGAUGUCCUCCUGUGCACAGCUGACAAAGUCACACCAGCUACAACCUGUGAGAAGGAUUUGACCUUGCACCUGCCAGUAGUAAGCAUGAGAUCUCUUCAACUUCAGCUCUCCAUUCUGUAUCUUCAGGUAAGGGCCGUCAACAUAACUUGGUACCUUUGGGCACUUGACCUCUAAGAGUCCAAAGUUUGGUCUCACACUGGGAUCAAAUAUGAUUCCAUCUGGAGAGGAUCCUAACCACGGAGCAUCUGGGUGCACUGCGAAGCCACACGGAAAGAUGUUAACAUUCUUCAGUGUGCAGUACUCCUGUACAGCCACUGGCUCCAUGGCUAGCCCUCUUCAUCUCCAUGGUCUGUAUUCCAGAUCCCUGUACAGCCACUGGCUCCAUGGCUAGCCCCCUUCAUCUCCAUGGUC